CUCUCUCUCUCUCUCUCUCUAUCGGAAAUGUUAUUCCUCUACCACCUUCAUUUAAGGCAGUCCUAUCCAUGUGUUGCUUCACGUUGCACGACCCAAUACAUGUCAUGCAAGUGACCGACCAGUUUUGGAUGUCAUCCGAAACAUAAAGCUUAUAAACAGACCCUCACCGAACCACCAACUUAAUUCCUACUACUUCAAUUUACACAACCUUUUCUCUCUUUUAACGUGAAAAUCGAUCCACUUUUCUUUUAGCUUUCUCCAUCAUAUAUUGUUGUCUUCUUCAGCUACCUAGCUCCAGCAACAUGGUUUCUGCCGAAGCUGCUCGAACAACCGUUGGUAUCCUAGGAAACAUUAUCUCACUUUUCUUGUUCAUGUCCCCAGUGCCAACUUUUGUUCAAAUAUGGAAGAAAGGGUCAGUGGAGCGUUACUCACCAGCACCAUAUCUUGCAACCAUGGUGAACUGCUUGGUCUGGACCUUGUACGGAAUGCCCAUGGUGCACCCCCACAGCAUCCUGGUGGUGACCAUCAACGGCUCCGGUAUCGCCAUCGAGCUCACCUACAUAAUCCUCUUCUUCAUCUUCUCCGACAAGAAAAAGAGGGUCAUAGUUUUGCUGGUUUUGCUGGUUGAACUGAUAUUCAUCGGCGUCCUCACAGCUUUGAUUCUAGCCCUAUCCCAUUCGUAUAAGGAGCGGUCUCUGAUUGUAGGCAUCAUAUGCAUUUUGUUCAACGUCAUGAUGUAUGCUUCACCAUUGGUUGUCAUGAAAUUGGUGCUUACCACAAGAAGUGUGGAGUAUAUGCCUUUUUUCCUCUCCCUCGCUUGCUUUGCCAAUGGUCUUGCCUGGAGUACUUAUGCUCUUAUUCGAUUUGACCCCUUCAUCCUUGUACCCAAUGGGGUGGGAUCAGCGUUUGCACUGGCCCAGUUGAUUCUCUAUGCCACUUUCUAUAAAUCAACAAAGCGACAGAUUGCAGAAAGGAAGAGUAAAGGCCAGGUGAAUCUGUCAGAACUGGUGGUGGAAGGAGAAGACUCUGCUAAAAAGGUUGGCAGUGCACCUUAGAAUGGUGAGAGACACUCCCAUCACCACCGGCGGAUGACCGGAUGUAACCCACUUCUAAGAAGUGUCGUUAUUCUAGGGUGAUAUAUAAUAUAUCACAAACAAAUGUAGUUUCUUUCUUGUGCUCACCAACUUUCAUAGUGCAAUAAUGAUAUUAUCACAAACAAAUGUAGUUUCUUUCUUGUGCUCACCAACUAUCAUAGUGCAAUAAUGAUAUUAUCACAAACAAAUGUAGUUUCAUUUUUGUGCUCACCAACUAUCACAGUGCAGUACUGAUAUUAUCACAAACAAAUGUAGUUUCUUUUUUGUGCUCA